AUGAAGAGUGACGGAGAUAAAUCUGAGGGAUGUCGAGGCACUACCAACCCAGCAUUCCUCUGUGACGGCGAGGACAAGUGGACGAACCAAGCGUCCCGUACACCACACAACAACGACAAGCAAGAACACACUGACAAACGGCCAGUUAACAAGGCUAUUGGCUUCACCGGUCUGUUCCGCUACGCUAACUUGUGGGACGUCUUCCUCUGUCUGACGGGAACUUUGUCUUCAGUGGUCAGCGCUGUAGCGGUUGCCAUCAACCUCGUCAUCUACGGCAACGUCAUCGAUGUCUUCGUAUCUGCCGCUAAUAACAAUUCCUCACACCUAAAUGGGUCGAACAGUAAUAACAUUGAAAAUGAAACCACACCCUACGCCUAUAUAUUUACCAUUCUUGGCAUUGUAUCCAUGGUUACUGGCUACGUUUCGGUGACGUUUUGGACGUGGACAGCAGAGAGACAGAUAAAGAACAUGCGCACAGAUUACUUCCGUGCGGUAGUGACACAGGAGAUGACGUGGUUUGAUACACAGAACCCCAGAGAACUAAGUUCCAGAUUAUCUCAUGAUAUACCAAUGGUUGCCGAGGCGAUCGGAGGCCAGAUGGCGAUGUUUAUUCAGUGGCUGUCAACGUGGCUGACGUGCAACAUGGUGUCGCUCUAUCUAGACUGGAGACUAGCGUUGGUGACCAUGUCGUUCUGUCCCGUCCUCGUCUUCAUAUCCGUCGUGUUAAGUCGGUGGGUGAAGCUGUUUGCAGGAAAGGAAUCAAGAGCUGUGGCCGAAGCUGAGAGCGUUACCACGGAGUCCCUGAGAGCAAUACGCACCGUACAGGCGUUCCAGGGCCAGGAGAAAGAGGCGGCCAGAUAUACUGCUAGUUUGGGAAAGGUCAAACAUGUAGCCUGCAAGAAAGGGUUCGCUCUUGGCUUGAGCAUGUCUGCGUUUUGGUUCAUUAUUUUUGCCGCCUUUGCUGUGACCUUCUGGUAUGGAAUGCACCUUGUUCAACAGGAUGACCUUAAACCUGGGAAAAUUGUACCGAUUUUUAUAGGCUUAAUCAUCGCAAACGUGUCGCUGAGUUAUGCGUUUCCCUUUUUCGGAACGCUAGCCAACGCACGAGGUGCUGCUGCCCGGGUGUUCUCUAUCUCACGCUCCUCCCCCCUCAUAGACAGCGCGUCUACAGCAGGCCAGGUCGUCGAUGACAUCAACGGAAGCAUUCAGUUUAAAAACGUCGGCUUCAGCUACCCUUCUAGACCACAAGUGAAGGUUCUUAAAGGCCUGGAUCUGCACAUCCCAGCUGGAAAGAAGGUAGCGCUGGUAGGACCUAGCGGAUGCGGGAAGAGCACUGUUCUCCAGCUCAUAUUACGCAUGUAUGAUCCAUCAGAGGGAGAGAUACAUGUCAACGGAAUACACAUGAAAGAGCUGAACGUCCAGAGUGUUCGCCGUCAGAUGGGCGUCGUUGGCCAGGAGCCCGUGCUUUUCGGCUGCACGGUAGAAGACAACAUUCGCUGUGGGUGUGCGCGCGCAGCACAUGCUGACAUUGUUCAAUCAGCGCGUGAAGCCAAUGCGCAUGACUUCAUAUCCCAGCUUCCACAGGGAUAUGACACAAUGCUGGGUGAAGGUGGCGCACAACUCUCUGGAGGACAAAAACAAAGAAUUGCGAUCGCCAGAGCCCUGGUUCGAAACCCGACUCUACUCUUGCUCGACGAGGCGACCUCUGCGCUAGAUGACGAUAGUGAACUUGCCGUGCGGAAAGCCUUAGACGUGGCGUCCCGUGGCAGGACGACGGUGGUGGUGGCACAUCGCCUGUCGACAGUGGAGGACGCGGACCUGAUCAUCGCCCUCAGGGAGGGCAGGGUGGUCGAGCAGGGCACACACCAGGAGCUGAUGGAGGGGGGCGAGCUGUACCCGCAGCUUGAUCACAUCAUCCGAACAACAGACGAAGACAUCAGCAAUGUGGUCAUCGUGGAAUACACCGAUGACAGCGACGUGGAGGAUGAGACUCGUGUUCUCAGCCGAGCAGACGUCCACCGACUGAGUCGCGGGUCCUCAGUCAAACUGACUAUUUGUAAACGCAGGACUCAGUCUGUCCACAAUCCAGAGGUUGCUCUCUCAUCGAGGAAAUCUGCCAGUUUGAAGCAAGAAUACCAGCAGAACAGAAACAAAGUACCCAGCGUUGAUACUUCUGACACCUUGUCAGGGCAGGUGGAUUGUACUCGAAAUCUGGCAUCAGGGGUGUGUUCAGAAUCAGCGGAGAAACAAGCAGACGACAAAAUGUCAACAUGGCAGGGUGAUGGUCUAAUUCGAGUUUUAAAGAUGAACCGUCCACAGUGGAUCUCAAUUGUGAUUGGCUGCUUCAGUUCGAUCGUAGCGGGAUGCAUCCAACCAGCGUUCGCCUUCUUUCUGACGGAUUUCAUCAGAGCGUUUGGUAUGAAUCAGGAUCCUGAAGAGCAGGCUAGGUUAUCACUGACCCUGUGUAUCCUCAUAACAGUCGGCGGGGUCGUCACAGCCGUACUUAAACUAGCCCAGACUGUGAGUUUUGUACGGUCCAGCACAGCUUUAACCAACAACAUCAGACAGAGAACAUUCUAUUCCCUGCUCCACCAGAAUGCUACUGUCACGUUGCAGGUGUCCGGAGUACAGAUAGGAAACCUGCUGGAGACGGGGGCCACGUUGGUGUUUUCUCUUGCCAUGGCCUUCAGCUACGGCUGGAAGUUGACUCUGGUCGUCCUCUCCUUUCUGCCGCUCAUGAUUGGAACUGGCAUCAUAAAGGGCAAGGUCACCCAGGGUUUUGCAAAGACUGACAAAGCCAAUGUUGAGAAGUCUGGACAGAUGUGUGCGGAGACGGUAGACUGUAUUCGAACGGUUGCAAUGUUAUCUUUGGAGCCAACUCUGCUGCAAAAAUUUGAACAUCUUGCAAAUGGUAUCUGCAGGCGGGGAGUGAGACAUGCCCACUUGAAUGGCAUCAGUUACGGAAUAGCCCAGGCCGUUAUUUUCUUCGCCUAUGCAGCAACGUUUACCUACGGGGCUUACCUUGUUAAACAAGGAGAGAUGGAGUUUUUUGAAGUUUUCAGGGUAUUUUCGGCAAUCAUCUUCGGCGGACAGCAGGUGGGUCGCUCCCUGUCGUCUGCGCCUAACUUCAAAACUGCUGUUCUCGCGGCAUCCCGACUAUUCGCUUUGAUCGACAGACAGCCCAGAAUCGACAUGCGCCCAAAUGAGGGUAAAAUUCCCGUAAGUAUUUUUUACAGCAGAGCUAAUAUUGAACAUCUCUUUAACAUUAUAGACCUAGUUUAUUUUACGAGUUACAGUGGACGUCUGCAUAUAGACAACGCAAGCUUUACAUACCCAUCGCGACCAGAGGCAACCAUUCUCAGGGCUUGUACUUUGCGAGUAGAGUCCGGCCAGACACUGGCAUUGCUUGGCCCGAGCGGCUGUGGUAAGAGUACGGUCUUACAGCUGCUGCAGAGGUUUUACGACCCUCAAGAGGGAAGCGUGGUGAGUUCGACUCUAAAUAUUAAUAAAGGUUUGAAUCAUUAUCUUACGAGUGAUAAUGACUUUAAGAUAACUUCAGUAAAACUCGUUUUCUUUUAUCAGAAUCAUUAUAUUACGAGUCAUAAUGACGUUAAAAUAGCUUCAGUAAAGCUCGUGUUCUUCGUGUUGCAGUGUGCGGAUUCCUCUGACCUGCAGCUUCUUGACGUGUCUUGGUGGCGCUCACAGCUCGCUGUGGUAUCCCAGGAACCCAAUCUUUUCCACUGCACCAUUGCUCAAAACAUAGCUUACGGCGACAAUACACGUGACGUCACAAUGGGUGAAAUAAUUACUGCAGCCAGAGAUGCCAACAUCCAUAGUUUUAUAACAACUCUGCCACAGGGAUACGAAACAAGUGUCGGCGAUAAAGGACUACAGUUGAGUGGCGGCCAGAAGCAGAGAAUUGCGAUUGCACGUGCACUUGUGAGGAAACCGAAAAUACUUCUCUUCGACGAAGCAACAUCUGCACUGGACACCGAAAGUGAAAAGGUCGUGCAGGAGGCCAUGGACAAAGCUAGACGGGGACGCACGUGCAUCAUCGUGACCCACAGACUGUCCACAGUCAGGAACGCCCACAAGAUAGCCGUCAUGCACGAGGGCGCCGUGCAGGAGUUGGGCUCUCACACUGAGCUUAUGAACCACAGAGGAGCUUACUACAGACGUAUACAUAAGCAAAACAAUAGCUCGUUAACUACUAACUUAUAAACGGUAGCCCGUUAAAUAUUCAAGAUACAGUCGGACUCAUGUAUUGAAAAUAACUCACCCAGGGCCCGUGCUUUAUACAGCUGUAAAAGUUAGUUUGUUUCCUUUAAGGAAAGGAAAUGGUUUAUUUAAUGACGCACUCAACACAUUUUAUUUACGGUUAUAUGGCGUCGGACAUAUGGU